AUGACUUCUUUGACGUUUACCGCAAAAUUUCAACAAGUCACUGGUGGAUCGCAUGUGUUGAAUUCUGGAAAUGAUAUCCCGUUUAUUGGAUUGGGUUUAUCAAGGAUCACCACGGUUGACAGUAUGGAGAAAGCGAUCGAAGCAGCUCUCGAAGCCGGUUAUCGUCUCUUCGACACAGCUCAUAUCUAUGAGAAUGAAAAGGAGAUUGGCGAUGCUUUGAAGAACUCUUUACCGAAAUUCGGUCUGACUCGAGAGGACAUUUUCAUCACGACAAAAGUCCCAAUCAUCAAUGAAGACCCAGCUUUUCACACGAAACGGUGUUUGAAAGAAUCGCUCGAGAAAUUGCAAACUGACUAUCUCGACCUCGUUCUUCUCCAUUAUCCACGCGAUCGAGACACGGGAAAAGAUGAAGAACAUGAAAUUAACAAAAAAGGACGACAAAUUGUAUAUCAAACGUUGGAGGAAUUUGUUGGAAAAGGCACAAUCCGCUCAAUCGGCGUCUCCAACUAUGAGGUUUUCCAUCUAGAAGAGCUGUUCAAAUAUGCAAAGGUGAUUCCUGCCGUGAAUCAAGUCGAAUACCAUCCAUAUUGCACAAAGCCGGCGCUGAAGUUUUUCUGCGAAACCAAGGGGAUUUUCAUUCAAGCGUUCUCCUCGCUCUGCUGGGGAAAUCUCGAGAUUCUCAAUGAGGAUGCUGUGAAGAAAGCCGCUCAAACGCACAACGUUUCACCACAGACGAUUCUCUACGCUUUCCCGUUGCACACAAAUGUCGGAAUCAUCCCCAAAUCGGCCACCCCACAACGCAUUCACGAUAAUAUCAAGUUGACCACUCAGGUGAAACUCUCCAGCGAGGAGAUCGCAGCGCUGUGGGAUUUAGAUCAAAAUCGGACCUUCUGUCCUCGUUGUUAUCCAUGGAGAUGUCUU